GCACGAUUCAAGAAAAAGAAAGCUGCAGAUGCGUAUGGCUGAGAUUGAUUCACGCAAAGACCAACGAGCAGAGUCUUCAGCCUCGGCGCCCGCGGCCAGGCACAAGUCGUGUUACUGCCUGAGGUUGAGAAGCCAAUGGUGGGGUUUAUCGAUAUCGGAGGAAACCGAUUCAUUACUCGAUGAGAACUGAAAACUUUCUUUUAAAAGAUCUGUGAAUCCCCUCUCUGUCUUUUCAAAAUACAUAUUUUUCUUGUUUUUCAUAUUCUUUAUCACUCAUUUAUCCCUUCUGAGUGUCUCAAUAUGGCUUUCGAAUCGGAAUACAAGCUUGAAGAUGUAGCAGUUACACGCAUCGCUUCAGAUAAAAUCGACGAGACCUUUCGGUCGUCAACCAUUGAUCUGAUCUCUGCAACAUUAGGAGCCAAAGUCCUCUCCUUCUCUGAUGAAUGGUUCGCCGAGACCUCUAACCUCCUCACUCCCACCCCACCCAUCCGCCAACCUGGGAAGAUGGUCUAUUCCGGCGCCUGGUACGACGGCUGGGAAACUCGUCGACACAAUCCGGAGCCCUUUGAUUAUGUUCUCAUCCGUCUAGGCGUAGCAUCAGGCACAGUCGAAGGCAUCGAAGUCGAUACUGCUUUCUUCUCCGGGAAUCAUGCCCCUGCUAUUUCUGUUGAAGGUGUAUUCAGUGAUAAUGAUGAGGAAGUAAUGGGUUGGAAAGGCGGAAAGGGGAAGUGGGAAACGAUCCUCGGAAUCCAGGAAUGUGGACCUUCUCAGACAUUUGGGUGGAAAUUACAUGUUCCAACUACGAAACCAUAUACACAUGUGAGAUUGAACAUGUACCCUGACGGAGGAAUUGCCAGGUUCCGUCUGUUUGGCCAUGCUGUGCCAGUCUUCCCAGAAGACAAAGAAGCUAUUUUCGAUCUUGCAGCGGCUCAAAAUGGAGGUGUAGCAAUUUCAUGCUCAGAUCAACAUUUCGGCGUGAUUGCCAACCUCAUCCUGCCAGGAAGAGGAAAAGAUAUGGGAGAUGGAUGGGAGACCUCCCGCUCUCGAGGAAAAGAUCAUGUUGAUUGGGCAGUCAUCAGACUUGGUGCUAAGGGCACGAUUCAAAACCUGUUGGUAGACACAGCUUUCUUCCGAGGGAACUUUCCGCAGAAAGUCAAGGUUGAGGCGAUCGACUGGAGUGGAGAAGGGGAACCAGGUGCAUUGGCUGCAGAUUGGGUUACUGUGGUUGAGCCGUUCAAGUGUGGUCCAGACAAGGAACAUGAGGUUGAGAGUGCGGUGAAGGAUAAGUCGUUCACGCAUGUGAAGCUGGUUAUGAUACCCGAUGGAGGCGUGAAGCGGAUUCGCGUGUUUGGAAAGAGAAGUGUUUAGGAUGUGACAGUCCUAUUACAGAAGACUCAAGCAGAAAUACUAUAAUAAAUUGGAAGAUAAGAUAAAAUUGUUCUAGAGUUUGUGAGACAAUGUAACUAGGCUAAGUCCUAAAUAUAAAUCAAAAUCU